AUGGUUCUUAGUAGGGGCUAUAAGACUGAGAAUCCUCUGUACAAGGACGAUGAGCCCUUCGCCAAAACCUGUCACACUUUCGACUACACUAGAGAGGGGACGGAAAAGAACGGCCUCGGCUACUACUGCUUGAUGGGUCUCUGGGCCAGCAUCUUCAUUUGGGAUAGCCUUUACACUGGAGCUACCAUGCCGACUGGUGUCCAUCGUUACGUUUGGGGGCCAUAUUUCCCUACGGCGUGGUUUUAA